CUUUUGAAAAACGCCGCAGGAGAAAUUAGGAGAAAUGGGUGUGAACAGACAAGCCCACUAGUCUGAAACGUGUGAUUGGCCAAAGAUCUGAAAGACUGUAUAUUUCCACACUUUAAACGUGCAGUGUGCCAGCUACCAACAUGACUGACAGUUGUGAGUCUACUUGGAAAUCACAAUGAUAACAGAGCAACUACAAACGGUUCUGAAGGAUUCUUUUGAGCACAAGCUGCAGGUGAAACAGAAAUGCAAACAAAAAGUCAGCGAGCAGAAGAAGGCAAGGGUGUGCACAGAGUGGAGGAAGGCUCGGUCCCGUGUGGCGGCUCGUAGCAGGAGGGAGAAGGAGAGCCAGCUGUUCAGAGAGAUAGCAGCACUGCUACCCCUGGCCCCAAACGUGGAGGCUCAGCUGGAUAAAGCCUCAGUCAUCAGACUCACAAUCGCAUACCUGCGCCUCAGAGCGCUCCUCGACUCUCCUGCCUCCAGCACAGCGCCAGCCACAGCCCAGCAUCUGUCUUCAAGACAAGGCGAGCCUGCAGGAGUGAAUGAGAGGUGGUUUCAUUAUCAAACACUUGGAGGAUUCCUGCUUAUAGUGUCCCUGAAUGGCAAGAUCAUCUUCACCACAAAGGAUGCCACUUCUCACACAGGAAUCAACCAGAUGGAUCUGAUUGGCCGGAGUUUGUUUGAUUUCUUGCAUCCCUGCGAUCAAAAGGAGUUAAAAGAGAUUCUUACAAAGCUGAUAGGGAGCCCAGGACAGCAGAAGUGUGACAUUUUCCUCCGCAUCAAAGGUGCAACCAACCACAAGCUAACUCCCUGGAAGGUGAUUCACUGCACUGGAGUAAAGAAGUCGUCCUAUAUGCCAGGUUGCAGCUGUUUGCUUCUGCUGUGCCGGUCAUUGCCUGUGCAGGACAUCAUUGAGAGGGAGGCUUAUCUGAAUUUCAAAGCUUUCCUGAGCAUCCAUGGCCCGGAAAUGAAAUUCACCUACUGUCACUCUGGGGUUCUGGAAUUGACCGGUUUUAGUGACACUGAGCUGUGUGGUCAGUCUGUGUACCAGUACUAUCACCCAUAUGACUGCCAGCAUAUCCUCCAGGCACACCUCUGCUUGUUGGUGAAGGGCCAGGUAUGCACUGGGAAAUAUCGGCUGCUGCAGAAACAUGGCGGUUAUGUCUGGGUAGAGACAGAUGCUACAGUGGUGUACAACAUUCGCACGGGGAAGCCAGAAAGCGUUGUGUGUAUCAACUACGUCCUGAGUGGAGUGGAGAUGGCAGACGUGGUGUUUUCUCUGGAACAGACACAGUGCCUGCCGAAACCACAGGACACCCUCCAGCCUAAAGUCUGUACAUCAAUCACAACAUCUUCAACAACUGACAAGCACACAAGCUCUGUGCUUCCUCAUUACAAGAGAGAUGGAGCAGCCAGUGGCCAUUCAGAGAUAACGCAAAAGUCACCAGCAUGUAACUCUCUCACAUGUGAGAUUUGUGAGCUGGAUUUGGAUAGCCUGGCUCCAUAUAUCCCCAUGGACGAAGAAGACUUCCAGUUAACUCCUACUUUAGAUGGAGUAGUAAGCAAUUCAGGCUUGAACAGAUAUCUCACUAGGCCAUGCUUAACACUGGACCCAGAGAAGCACCUUCACUUGGAGACAACAAAAGGCAUUGCACCUACCUUGCAACACUCUGACAGUUAUUUUUCCCUAACAAAUAGGUUUAGCAAGGAUCUUCCAGGAUUCAUAUCAUCAAGACAAAGACAUAACAUCCUGCACACAGUGAACAGAAAGCAACAAGUGGAGCAUAACAGUCCAGUCCCCUCUUCUCAAAACAAGACACAUCAGUGGAAGACAGGCAUAACAAAUGUCUCGCAACAUCCCAGCAAAAGCCUUGGAAAAUAUUAUGAUGAACCAACAGCCUGCAGUCGCUACCAGAACCCUCCAGGAUCAGUGCCUUGGGCCCCAGUGUACUCCAAACUCCCCUGGUGUCCUCCAGCACCUUUCUUCAAACAAAGCACCCAAAACACAGCAGAAAAAAUGGUCCCAGUACAAGUUGGCUUGCCCAUAUUGAGUGGAUUGGAAUGUGAGCUGAAUGCCCCUCUAGGACCCACUUCUCAGUUGCUUCAGGGGACUGAACUGACCACCGUCUUGGACCAGGUUGCUCCAGGAGUGUCUUGGUACUAAUGAGGGCAGCGACUGAAGUGUAAACAUGCUUCCAAACAGAACUAUAAGCUUCUUAAGUGUAAACAUUCCUUUAGCAUAUCUUUUAUACUAUCUAUUUCAUGUAUGUGUCUUAAUUAACUAAUCCCUUGAUGUUCACAGAAAAGGUAAAGCAACAUUUCAGAUGUAAAGUGGACACAUACAGUACUUACCCUCACUCAAAUCAGGAAAGACAGGUUGUGGCUUCUGGUGCUAUGACAAUAGUGGCCAUAACAACUACAGAAAGAUCCACCUCAGAAAUAGAUAAAGUAGACAUCUAUGCUCUAGACUCAUUUACAGCAUGCAUUCACUUCAUUACAUUUUUUUGGCAACAGGCAGCAUGGAAGGAAAAUUCAAUAUAUCCAGUUCUUUAUUUUUUUCAGGGCUGUACAACACUUAAAACACCAAGUUUUAUUUAUGGGCAUGUCUAAAAGAAAAAAGUCCCCUCCUCUAACACUCCAUUCAAGGACAGGACAUACACAAGGCUCACUGAAAAAGCAACCCAUAUGGUCCAUUUUUAAGCACAAGGUUCUAAUUAAGAAAAAAAAGAAAGAAUCAAUAACAAAAAACCUUUUAAACAUGAGAUUCAAAUAUCAGACUGUGUCUUUAUAUACACCACUGUGUGCCUACUUGAUUUUAUUAAGUGAAGAGACUUCUUCAAAGUUUACGAGACCAUUUUCUUCUGAAAGACAAUCUGCUGCAGAAGAAUAUGUUGAGUUUCAGAACACCGAUGCAUCUAUUUGGUAAUGGUGUUCCUGUAAAAAGAAGAAAGUUACCUUUGUUAUUUGAAAAAGAAUGACAAAAAUAAAAAACUUAUAUAAGCUA